GUGUGAUUGGCUCGUUGCUGUCUCCGUUGCAAUUUUUCCCGCAACAAACACAGUGUGGAAGUUUCUGAAGAAAACACGACGGGACUUUGUUUUUUAGCAGAGAAAAAUGCCGAAACGACCUUGUCCUUUUCCUGAAACCUUCUCGUCCCAGUAUAAAAUACACGUCGGACAACAGGAGCUGAGUAAUUAUGGCGUGUUUGGGAACAAAUACAGGCAGGAAAUCUACGCAAAGACAAAGGACCUGCUCUUCAACGGUGCCAAGACUGUGAUGGGCAAGAUCUGGAGUGGAGAGGAGACACAGCAAGCAGAGACACCUGAAUGCAGCCAGACACUGCUGAGAGGACAGACACUGAUUGGACAUGAUGGGAGACUGACGAGAGCAGACGCUGCACAAGGUGUACCAGUGGCUCCUACAGGCUGCUGUGUGUGUCAGAAGAGCCAGCGGUCCAGCACACCAUGCUCCCAAUGUGACCGUCUAGCCUGCUCCUCCUGCACCCGACAGUGCUCCAGCUGCUCCAGCCUCUGCUGCUCUGUCUGCACCAUCAUAGAUUACAGCGGGCAAUACGAUGAAGUGCUGUGCUGCAGCUGCUCGACAUAAAGGAAGACCAGCGGAGGGAUCAGGAGUUUAUGCGUGAACAUGCGUAGUUGCCUGACAUGAUAUUACUAAGGCUGUAUUUUAUACCUGUGCUAUUUUUUUAUGUGAUCCAAAUGUUAUCUUGUAUAUAUGUAUUGUAAUUAACUGAAAUAAACUUGAACACUUUUGUAUACUGUUAAA